GCAUCAUGGACUUUGUCCUAUAGACAGUAGAAAUGAUUAAUCUGUCCAGGGUAGAUUUGAAAAAGAAAGUUGAGACUAGUGGGAUAGAAGUAGGACAGGGUUCAACCCUGCCCACUGACUUUUUGUUUCUUCUUCCACCCCCAACACACAACCAUGCACACACGCAGAGACCUCACGCCACACGACCUUUUCACUUCCUCCCCUAGAUAUGGAUCACAGGCUGCAGAGCUCUAAAGCAUGGAAGGCUGUAGUGAGGAGCAGGAGGAGGGUCUCGGAGUCCUAGCAGCUAUCCUUGAAGACCUUGGUGACAUCAGAAAAAGCAGCUAUGAGUCUUCCCUCUCGGAGGAAGCCAGCACAUCCGAAGAUGAGGAAGAAGAGCUGGAGGAGCAAGGAUCUUGGGAGCAGGACCAGAAGCAACUGAUGGAAUUAGAGCAAGCCUCCCAGGCCCUGCUGACUGAGCUGUCUGUCCUGGAGGCGGAAUGCCAGGUGGAGAGGUCCUGCAGGGAGCAGGCAGAGGUCUACGCUGCCCAGGUGAGCCAGGAGAAUGAGGAGCUGAAGCGCCUGAGUGUUGCGCUCCCCCCCUGCCUGGGCCCUGAGCCUCUGCCCACCACGCCCCAGGAGCAGGGUCCCCCCUCAGAGCCCAGCCUCAGUCAGAACAGCAACACAUCAGAGAUUCAGAGGGAGAGGCUGGAGCGGAGCUCCCUGCAGACUUCCAUGGGGCAGUCUCAAAGAGCCCUGGCAAAAUUGAAGCGGGUGUCCCACCUCGUGCUGCAGGAGUGUGGAGAAGCCUGGCAGCAGCUCCACCUAGAACAAGACCUGCGCCAGCAGGCUGAGAUCUUCGCCCACAAGAUGCUGGUAGAGAAGAAAGAGGCCCACCGACAGAGCGCCAUCCUCCUGCAGAACCACGCCCCCGGGACCCAGCUGUCCGCAGCCCUGGAGGAAGUGGCCGCACUGAGCAGAGCCCUGGAGGAGGCAACAUGUCAGCACAGGGAGCAGGUAGUGUCCUGGGAAGCAUCCCAGGAAGAAGUGGGAUACCUCAAGAUGCAGCUAAAGGAGAUAGAAGAGAAGAAUGCCCAGCUGGAGGCCUUGGUCUGUGCCCUGGAAGAGAGGGUGAAGAAAGCCGAAACCCCAAGCCAGGAACCAGAGGCUCUGCCUCCGGCUCCCCCCACCACCGCCACCCCCACCCCCACCCCCACUGCCUCCGCCCUCUGCUCCUGCAGCAGACCCUCUUCAGGUCAUCCGGCUGAGGCGAGGCCUGAAUCCACAACCAGCCCUGGCAGCCCCCUCCCUGGAAGACAAGAAGGCAAAGGCAAUGCAGGAAAUGAUGGACAGGAUUCGUCAAGGAGUUGUGCUGAGACCGGCUGCCAGAGAGAAGGACCCCAGUCAGGACCGAAGCAAACGUAGGAGUGCUGCGAUAACUGAACUGCAGACCUUGCUGGCUUCCAAAUGCCGGCCCCUGCGCAGGGGCAGCAGGAGAAAGAAGAGCAGCUGGAGGGUCCCCGAUGGCCAGCUAGUGGCCAUCCUGCA